AUGGCAUUGCUCCACUUGAGUUGGAGUUUCCCCUCGCCGAGGUUUCUUCUUCUGUCCGUUUUUUUCUAUCUCAUCGGGAUUGCGCUCUACAGGCUCUUCUUCCACCCGCUUCGAAAAAUUCCUGGUCCUUGGUAUGCUUCAGUGACGUAUUGGUACGAAUUCUAUCAGGAUGUAAUUCUCGAUGGCCACUACAUCAGAGAGUACCCUGGCCUUCAUGCCAAGUAUGGGUCAGUCGUUCGAGUAUCUCCAAGUCGUGUGCAUAUCAGUGACCCAGAUUACUUCAAGGAGGUUUAUGGAAAUGGGACGAAAUACACAAAGGAUCCCGACUUCUUCCAGAGUGCGGGCGGCAUCAAGUACUCCAUCAUCAUGUUGAUUGAUCCCGAGGUACACAAGCAGCGAAAAAGCACGGUUCAGUCGCUCUUCUCGACCAAACAUGUUGAACAACUGGCUCCCGUCGUCCUGGAUGUUGUGCAGAGAGCGAUCGCAAAAGCGCAGCGCGCGUAUGAGAACGACAAACCUUUGGACACGCAAAAAUUUUACCAAUGCAUUACUGUUGACACUAUAAUGCCCGUUUUGUUCGAUAGGCAGUUGAACUUUGUUGAUUCCGACGAAGAAGAGCCACCAUUCUUAGGCAUGCUAGCCAAGUUCGUUCAGAAAUUCUUCCUUACCAAGCAUUUCCCCAUCAUCAGCCACGUUGCAAUGAGUCUGCCGCUGAGCGUGGCAAAGAUAAUAUUGCCAGAUUACGUCCAUUUUCGAGAGCAAUGCACCAAAUGGAUCAAAGAAGACGAGGAGAAACAACGAAACGGAAAAAUGGCUGCGACUGACGGGCGUAACACUUAUUUUCGUCUUCUUCUGGACUCGGAAAACACCAAAGUAUCUCAUAAGCUUAGCCAAGACGCCCUCGUUGACGAAGCACUGUCUGUGUGUUUUGCCGGCACUGAUACGAAUAGUCUCGCUCUCAGCUUCGGUACAUACUUCCUGCUGAAGAACCCGGAUAAACUUCAGAAGAUGCUCGAGGAGUUGAAAGAUGCCCCUACUAACAAUCAUGGCCUCUAUGAGUACCAUACCCUUUGCAAACUGCCAUACCUGACUGCAGUCAUCAAAGAAAUCCUUCGUCUCGGAUCUCCCGUCCCUGGCAUCAUUCCCCGCCGAGUCCCUGCUGGUGGCGCUUCCGUCGCAGGACACUAUCUUCCAGAAGGCACUACCGUUUCGCAGGCCGUUCGAACGGUUCAUGACAACCCGGAACUGUACUCGGAACCCGAAAAGUUCAUCCCGGAGAGAUGGCUCGGUAAAGCCGGCUGGGAGUUGGAAAAGUACUUUGUCCCUUUCAGCAAGGGUCCGCGGGGUUGCAUAGGCUUGAAUAUUGCCUACCUUGAACUUUACCUUUGCUUUGCAAACAUACUCAGCCGCUUCGAGAUGACACUUUACGAGACGGACGAUAGCACCGUUUUGUGGGUAGACAAUGGCGUCAUGAGGCUUUUGAAUCCAAUCAGAGUCAAGGUCAAGUCGAUUCGGGAAGUUGGGAAAUGA